AUGGCAAAGGAAAAUCUCACAGUUGUGGAGGAAUUCAUUCUCCUGGGAUUUUCUGAUCUUCCCAACCUCCAAGGGUUUCUUUUCGGCAUUUUCUCUGUCAUCUACCUAAGUAUAUUGAUAGGAAAUGGUCUCCUCAUUGUCAUAACCACAAUUGAUUCAAGCCUCCAAACACCAAUGUAUUUUUUCCUGGGGAACUUUUCCUUCUUGGAAAUCUGUUACACAUCAGUCACUCUGCCCAGAAUGCUGGCAGAUCUCUGGACCCAGAAGAGAACUAUUUCAUUCCUACAUUGUGCUGUACAAACGUGUUUCCUUUAUAUUCUGGGAGCAGGGGAGUGUUUGCUCCUGGCGGUGAUGGCAUAUGAUCGUUAUGUGGCCAUCUGUAAGCCUCUCUACUAUCCUCUCAUUAUGAAUCAUAGAGUAUGUAUCCAAAUGGUUGUGGUGUCCUGGGUUAUUGGAGUCCCAGUCCUGGUAGAGGAGACAUAUCUGAUUUUCUGUCUGAAUUUUUGUGGCCCUAACAAACUUAAUCACAUAUUCUGUGAAGCUCCAGCAUUAUUAGAGUUGGCCUGUGGAGACACAUAUAAGAUUGUAGUCUUUGUCCAAGUUAUUGCAUUGCUAUUUGUCAUAACUCCCUUUCUGUUGAUACUCACAUCCUAUGUCAAAAUCAUAACUACCAUUGUGAGAUUGCCCUCAAUCUCAGGGAGAUCCAAAGCCUUUUCAACAUGUUCCUCACAUCUCAUGGUUGUAGGCUUAUUCUAUGGGUCUGGAAGUAUUGUGUAUUUGCAGCCAAAAUCUAGGCAAUCAGCAGGAUCAGGCAAAGUGCUUGCUCUUUUCUACACCACUGUGACCCCAGUAUUCAAUCCUUUGAUAUACAGUCUGAGAAAUAAAGAUGUCAUUGCUGCACUGAGAAAACUGCUUCCCAAAUGA